AUGGAGCAAGAAUCUGGGAGAAAGAAAAGAGAGCAGGAGCAAAUGCAGAACGGAGAGGCUAUGAGCCCACAAACUCAGGACAACAAAAGAAUUACAGAGGAGGACAGCCAGAGGGCAGUGCCCUCUGCACCCCCUCUACCAUCACCGUCGCCCCCUCCAGAGGCACCUCCAGGCUCCAGACCCAGGCUGGUUUUCCACACUCAGCUAGCCCACGGUAGCCCCACAGGUCGCAUUCAUGGCUUCACCAACGUUAAGGAGCUCUAUGCCAAGAUCGCCGAGGUGUUCCACAUUUCCCCGUCUGAGAUCCUCUUCUGCACUCUGAAUUCUCACAAGGUCGAUAUGCAGAAGCUCUUAGGGGGGCAGAUUGGCUUGGAGGACUUUAUUUUUGCUCAUGUGAGGGGUGAGACUAAAGAGGUGGAGGUAACUAAAACAGAAGACGCCUUGGGCCUGACCAUCACAGAUAAUGGAGCUGGCUAUGCUUUCAUUAAGAGGAUAAAGGAGGGAAGCACAAUCGACCGUCUGAAAACUGUGUGUGUGGGCGACCACAUUGAGGCCAUAAAUGACCAGAGCAUUGUGGGCUGUCGUCACUAUGAAGUUGCCAAGAUGCUGAAGGAACAACCCCGUGGGGUCCCCUUCACACUGAGACUCGUUGGACCAAAAAGGGCCUUUGAUAUGAUUGGGCAGAGGACCAAGGCAGCGAAGUCCAGUGAGGGUAAGAUGGUCAGUGGGAAAGAGACCCUGCGGCUACGCUCCAAGGGAGCCGCUACUGUCCAGGAAGUGCCCAGUGAAUUUGAAGAAAAGGCCAUGAAAAAAGUGGAUGACCUGCUGGAAAGUUACAUGGGCAUUAGAGAUCCAGAGCUUGCAACUACCAUUGUGGAGGCUGGCAAAGACAAGAAUAACCCAGAUGACUUUGCUGAAGCUCUGGACUCAGUCCUGGGGGACUUUGCCUUCCCUGAUGUGUUCUUGUUUGAUGUGUGGGGCGCUAUUGGGGACGUUAAGAAUGGCAGAGUUUAG